AUGAAUGAGAUAAUUGGACAAGAAAAUGUGAAUCCUCCUCUAGUAGGUUUUGAUUCUGCUAACAAGUCUCUUAAUCAGCAAACUUUUUCUCAUUGCAAGGAGGUCUAUUCGGUAAAUUCAGCAGAGAAGACGAGCUGGCGAAUACUUCCACGGGAAAAUUAUCCGAAGCCAUUAAUUUUCCACGAUGGAAGAUUGGCCUUUAGGCCGACGUAUUCUGCUACAUUGUCUAUGUUCGUAUGGUUACCAUUUGGUUUUCUCCUUAGCAUCAUUAGGCUGUUUGUCGCCUCAUUUCUACCUUACAAAGUAGCCAUCCCAAUCUUGGCCUUUACUGGGAUGUUUGCCCAGAGGGAACCACUUGCAGGGAGCCAUUUGCUGAGGUUUAGCCCUUUGUUCGCUGAAUUGAGCGACGAUAUAGUUCCAUUGCCCUCGACUCAAAAGUGGGCAUGUUUUAUGGAACAACUGCAAGUGGAUACAAAACUUUAG